AAUGCAACUUCAGUUCCCUACAAUACACUAGAUUCACUUACUAAAAAAAGAGCAAUUAAAGCUAAGCAACACAAGAAAGGAAAAAAAUGGCAAAGUGGGCAUCCUCAACAUCAAGGACAAAAGGCAAACAAGAGAAGAAUGGGAAGAAGCUUAACAUAGUGAUGGAAAAGCUCCAAAGGAGCCUUCUUUUAAGGAAAAGGUCACCCCCGGAGUCGCCUCGCCUCCGUCGUCUCGACGAAUCGGAGAACGCAAGAGGCGUGCCCGACGACGUUAAAGAAGGGCAUUUUGCGGUAAUGGCGAUGGACGAUGGCGGUAAGCUGAAGCGGUUCGUGGUUCCAUUGAGUUGUCUAGCGCACCCUUCUUUCGUUAGGCUAUUGGAUCGAGCCGCGGAGGAGUUCGGGUUCGAGCGCGAAGGGGCUAUCAUUGUGCCUUGUAAGCCAAUGGAGCUACAGCAGAUUAUUCAAGAUCAGCAAUGGGUGCAAAAACUCGAUCUUCGCUUUGGUUUGGUCGUUUAGACAUUUUUGAUAAAUGACUAUCUAUUGUAACUAUGUAUUGAGCUAGGAUAGCAUUUCAGAGAUUCUACAUUUGAUCCCAUCCGUUACUACCUUGCUUUUUUUUUCAAAUUACGUAAUGUUUAACGACGUAAUUUGUUUCGGAUUUAGAGCUUUUGACCAUUCACUCUUCACUACAAUCUACAAUAUGUAUUUGUGUUUCCAAAUAAUUAAAUCAAUAAAAAAGCAUUAAUCAAAUCAUUUCU